GUCCUUCACAUGAUCCAGUACCAGUUUGUUGAGGAAAUAGAGGCUUGUCUUUGAAGAAGGGCUGCCUGCAUUGCUUUGAAUUGUGGCUGCCACCCCCUCAGGCGUGGCCACGUUGAUCUGGAGGGCGCGUUGUCUGAGCCUGGGCUGGUUGCAAUCGAGAGAGAAGAGGAGAAAAAAAGGAAGCGGCGCCAGAGAGAGAGAGAGAGAGAGAGAGAGAGAAAAGGACAACAAAACCUACCCCUACACACAGAGGCAGAGGCAAAAAUAUAAACCCUGUGGUGAUGGCUGCCAUACGCAAAAAACUGGUUAUAGUUGGUGAUGGUGCCUGUGGGAAGACAUGUCUACUAAUCGUCUUCAGUAAAGAUCAGUUUCCCGAGGUGUAUGUUCCAACGGUUUUUGAAAAUUAUGUAGCAGAUAUUGAAGUGGAUGGAAAACAGGUUGAAUUGGCACUUUGGGACACAGCAGGACAGGAAGAUUAUGAUCGACUUAGGCCUCUCUCCUAUCCAGAUACAGAUGUUAUUCUAAUGUGUUUUUCUAUUGAUAGCCCUGACAGUUUAGAAAAUAUCCCAGAGAAGUGGACUCCAGAAGUGAAACAUUUUUGCCCUAGUGUGCCUAUUAUCCUUGUUGGGAACAAAAAAGACCUGCGAAACGAUGAUCACACACGGAGGGAACUGGCAAAGAUGAAGCAGGAACCUGUGAAACCUGAAGAAGGCAAAGAGAUGGUCACCAAGAUUUGUGCAUAUGGGUACAUGGAAUGCUCAGCAAAAACUAAAGAUGGAGUGAGAGAAGUCUUUGAAAUGGCCACGCGGGCUGCCUUGCAAGCUAAGCGUCCUAGGCAUAAGGCUUUUUGCAGUGUUCUAUAAAGCAAAAAUGCAAACCAAGUGCACCCUACCACCCAUUUACAGUCACUUGAUUUUUAAAAAUAUCUUGAAUUGAUGUUUGUUAAACUUAGUACGAUAGUGUCUUGAUUAUACUGGCCUUUCAUUUACCUGUAAUACCGUUCCUGACAGCUCCGUUUGCUAUCAAUAUUUAAAAGCCAAUCAAGGUUUUUCUUUCCUAGCUCACUGGUGUGCUGAUGUAUAGCUAUGGUCAAUUUUACAAUAUGCAUGUAUGCACCUAAACUUUGGUUAGCCAUUACUGUUAAGUUUUUUUUUGACCUAUCUACUUUACAUGAUCAACAAGUGCUGCCUUACUGGUAGGAAAUAGCAUUCUGUCAGCCUGUAUUGCUCCACAUAAAACCAAACCAAGAAGUGAAUUUGCCACAAUUGUUUAUAGGUGUAGCUUAAUUCAACUUUUGUAUAAUUGGAUUUCAUAACGCUAAUACUGUAGCCUCAACUGAAAUUUUUAAGUGUAUUGGAAAAAUAAAAGUUGAAUUCCUUUGUAUAAAAGCUUGGUAACUUUCUGAAACGGAUCAGUGAUGUAAACCAAAUUGGGCUCUAACAUACUUGGGUACAGUAUGACGAUUUUAAUCAGGGAAGGCUAAGAGUUGAGGAAAGGCAGGGGGGCAGGGUUUCUUUUGGCUCUCAGACAGCUUGCUGAUUAAAUGUGAGUUGUUUAGUUUGUGAGGAGUAAAGCUGGGCAGCAGCUCAAUAAACGGAUUGGCGUGGUCAACACCACCAUGCAUUUGAUGCCUUCUAUUUAUCAUAUGUUAGUAUAUGUACUGCCUGCCUUUAUGAUUUGUCUUUAACAUUGGAAAUGUUUUCUGAGGUUCUGAAUGUGCCUCACUUGCAGUUUACUAGGUGUGUUGUUAUUUUUUUUUGGCUGUAUCAGUAAAUAGUUACCAGCAAUACUAAUAGCAAAAUAAAAGCCAGUUUUUUAAAAAAAAAA